AUGCAUGCAUGCUUUGGGGCUUUGUUAAUCAGGUUGGCUUACGGUGCGUUGGAGCCUUCAAAGAUUCUUCUCUCGCAUCGCCUGAGAGUGCGACUGAGUUGCUGCGGCAUAUUAGAUGCAACACUGCAUAUACAGCAGCAGCAGCAGCAGCAGCAGAGGCAGCAGCAAGCUGCUGCUGCUGCUGCAGCGGCGGCCGCUGCUGCAGCAGCAGCUGCUGCUGCUGCAGGAGCCAUACCACCAGAGAGCGCAAAUGCAGCAGCAGCAGCAGCAGCUGCUGCUGCUGCUGCUGCUGAGGAGACACUUAAAGAGAGACAGCAAGGGGAUCUCCACCAACUUGGUAAACUUAUUCUCAUACUCACCUGCGGCGAGGCAGCAGCUGCAUCUCCUGCUGCAUGCAUGCGGCAGCUGUUGUCUUCUCGUGUAUACAGCGCAGAGUUAAAGUCUUUAUGUUUGUCUCUCUUCACUGCAAGAUCAGCAGCAGCAGCAGGAGGGGGGGGAGCAGCAGCAGCAGCAGCAGCAGGAGCAGCAGCAGGAGCAGCAGCAGGAGACAGAGGAGAGAGAGGAGGUCAUGCACCUUCUGCUGCUGCAUUGUUGCAUGCAUAUGCUUCUCAAGCAUUGCCGCUGCUAGAGUCUGAAUGUAGCUUAGCAGAUAGUUAUGAAAGCUUGCUGCUGAAAGAGAUGUACAGCAGCAGAUUGCUGCUGCUGCUAUGCAAAAUUAACUUUAUAGUAGGCAGAGGACGGCUAGGCCUUGAUGCAAGCUGGGGGGAUGUUGGGGAUAGGUUUAUUGUGUCUCUUUUUAGGAAUUAUCUCUUCUUACAAUUAGUAAAUAAUAAUCAGCCUGUUAUAGACUUCUUUCAUAUCUUUGAUGCAUUAAACAAGUGCGAUUUAGGAACAGAGGAGACGCUAACUUUAACGAAUGCACCGACAGCAGCGCUGCUGCACCUCUCUUACAGGGAGGUUAAACAAGCAGUAGAUAAAAGUUUUCUUCAACUCGUUGCUGCUGCAGCAACAGGACAAACUCCAGCUCCUGCUGCUGCUCCUACUGCUGCUGCUGCUGCUGCAGCAGCAGCAGCAGCAGCAGGGCCUCCACCGAGCUCCCCACAUGCCGCUGCAAGCAGCCCGCUACAUAGACCCGAAGGAGCAGAUGCUGCUGCUGCAGCAGCAGCAGCGGCUGCUGCUGCUGCAACGGGACAGAGGAACCCCAUGCAUAUCUACAACCCGCUUCAGCAUGCCCCGGAUCCUGGUCUCUAUCUGCCGCAUCAACACCAGCAGCAGCAGCAGCAGCAGCAGCAGCAUACCCCCGCCAUGUACUGUAUGGACAGCGCGUGUCUAUACAGCCCGCCGCUGCAACCCAUGCAACAGCUGCAUCGCACCUCUCAACAGCAGCAGCAACAGCAGCAGCAGAUAUACUACCCUCAAGAGCAGCAUCAGCACGGCGCCUUCGGCCCUUUGAACUGGCAGCAGCAGCAGCAGCAGCCACAGCAGCAGCCGCCGUAG